CCCCCCCUCCCUUUCCCUCCCUCCCUCCCCGUCUCCAUUUUCUCGCCCCGUUCCCUCAGCCCCGGCUCCUCCGCCUCCGGCCCGGCCCCAGCGAGCCCCAGCACGGCCCCGCCGCCCGCUCAGCCGCCGCCAUGAACGAGGAGUACGACGUGAUCGUGCUGGGCACCGGCCUGACGGAAUGCAUCCUCUCCGGGAUCAUGUCGGUGAACGGGAAGAAAGUCCUGCACAUGGAUCGUAACUCGUACUACGGAGGGGAAAGCGCGUCCAUUACACCCCUGGAGGAUCUCUACAAAAGGUUUAAUCUACCAGGAACUCCGCCGGAAUCUAUGGGGCGAGGACGGGACUGGAACGUGGACCUAAUUCCCAAAUUCCUCAUGGCUAAUGGUCAGUUGGUAAAGAUGCUGCUCUACACAGAAGUCACUCGCUACUUAGACUUCAAGGUGAUCGAGGGGAGCUUUGUCUACAAGGGAGGGAAGAUCUACAAAGUUCCUUCCACUGAGGCAGAAGCCUUGGCAUCCAGCUUGAUGGGCUUGUUCGAGAAACGCCGCUUCAGGAAAUUCCUCGUGUACGUGGCCAACUUCGACGAGAACGAUCCCCGAACUUUUGAGGGAGUCGAUCCCAAGAAGACCACCAUGCGUGACGUGUACAAGAAGUUCGACCUGGGGCAGGAUGUUAUCGACUUCACGGGCCAUGCCCUCGCGCUCUACAGGACUGACGACUAUCUAGAUCAACCAUGCCAAGAAACAAUCAACAGGAUCAAGCUCUACAGCGAGUCGCUGGCUAGGUACGGUAAAAGCCCCUACCUGUACCCCCUCUAUGGCCUCGGAGAGCUGCCACAGGGAUUUGCAAGGCUAAGUGCUAUAUACGGAGGCACCUACAUGCUGAACAAGCCCAUUGAAGAAAUUGUGAUAGAAAACGGCAAAGUGGUUGGCGUCAAAUCUGAAGGGGAGGUGGCUCGCUGCAAACAGCUCAUCUGCGACCCCAGCUACGUCUCGGACCGGGUGACGAAGGUUGGCCAGGUGAUUCGGGUCAUCUGCAUCCUGAGCCACCCCAUCAAGAACACGAACGACGCCAACUCGUGCCAGAUCAUCAUUCCACAGAACCAGGUCAACCGGAAAUCAGAUAUCUACGUCUGCAUGAUCUCCUCUGCACACAACGUGGCGGCGCAGGGGAAGUACAUCGCCAUCGCCAGCACCACCGUGGAAACCGCGGACCCAGAGAAAGAGAUCAAGCCGGCCUUGGACCUCCUGGAGCCCAUCGAGCAGAAGUUCGUUAGCAUCAGCGACCUGUUUGCACCGACUGACCUGGGAACCGAGAGCCAGAUUUUCAUUUCUCGCACCUACGACGCGACCACUCACUUCGAGACGACGUGCGAUGACAUCAAGGAUAUUUAUAAGAGGAUGAUGGGAUCAGAGUUUGACUUUGAAGAGAUGAAACGCAAGAAGAACGAUAUCUACGGGGAGGAGGAGCAGCAGUAAUGAGAAUCUCUAAUUAGGAGAAAUUAAAUCGGCUAAUAUGAAUAUAUAAGGAACUUAAUGAACACUGUAUGAAAUUCAAUAUUGUAAGGCCUGCUUUUGUAAUCCCAUCUCUGAGAGAUUGAAGAGUACUGCACUGGUAAUGUUCCCCUUUUGGAUAUCAUGUGUUAAUUAUUUCAUUCUAGUAGGGCUGCUGUCCAGAAUCUGGCAAAUUACUGACUGAUUUAAUGACUAACCUCGUAAGUGAAAGGCAAGACUGAACCUUUUUUUUUUUUUUGCAGACGUAGACGUUGGUGCAGAUUGAGAUAACUCAUUGACAGCUGUGUCUUACCUUGUAUUUUUAAUCAUUUGUAAACAUCCUUCACAAUUAUGUGCUUCUGGUGAGCUAGUAGACGUGACAGUUGUCACUCAAACCUGAUAUCAAGGAAAAUAGAAACUGAGCACUCCAUUUAUUGUGGACAGCAUCCCUAAAGUCUCUCCCAUCAAUCUAACUCUGUGGCAAGUUGUAUUAUGGACAAAGCCCACAUCUAUUGUAGCAGCAAAUGUUGGCUUAGUUCUGGGCACAGAACUUAACCUCCACUUCAGCUUCUCAAACUGUUUACAUCGGUUGGGACACAGCUGUGCCUAAGGCUCCUUUGUGUUUUAAUCUUAAUAAAAUUGAGAGAACAAAUUACAGAGCAGGCAAGAUGUGGAAGUAUUUUCUGUCCCCUGGUGGCUUCUCAGACGGACCAAACGGCGCUGCGGUAUCGGUAUGACAGAGCCUGUGCUUCUCGUGUCUCCUGAAGGCUCCAAAUGAUUUCUGUACUGCGAAGUAAAGCCAAAUUCUGGAAAACCA